UGUUGUGAGCCCGGAGCAGGAGGCGGCGGCGGCGCAGGCGGAUCCGGGCCCGGCCGCGCUCUGACCGCAGCGGGGGGAGCGGGCGCCGCCAGCAUGGACUGGGGCACCGAGCUGUGGGACCAGUUUGAUGACAUAGAGCGUCACACCCAGUGGGGGCUGGAUCUGAUGGAGAAGUACGUGAAGUUUGUGAAGGAGCGGACGGAGAUCGAGCAGGCCUACGCCAAGCAGCUCAGGUUCUGCCAGUACCAGGCCUUCCUGCAGGUGGUGAAGGAGCUCAAUGACUUUGCCGGGCAGAGGGAGGUGGUGGCGGAGAACCUGACGACGCGGAUCUGCGUGGAGCUCUCUAAGCAUGGCCAGGAGCUCAAGCAGGAGAGGAAAUCGCACUUCCAGGAGGGCCGGCGAGCCCAGCAGCAGCUAGAAAACUCCUUCAAGCAACUCGAAAAUAGCAAACGGAAGUUCGAGCGGGACUGCAGGGAGGCGGAGAAAGCCAUGCUGGCGGCCGAGAAGCUCGACCAAGACCUCAAUGCCACCAAGGCGGACGUGGAGAAGGCGAAGCAGCAGGCCAAUCUGCGCAGUCACAUGGCGGAGGAGAGCAAGAACGAAUACGCCUCCUUCCUGCAGAAAUUCAACCGGGACCAGAGCCAGUUCUACUUCCUGGAGAUGCCGCAGAUCUUCAAUAAGCUGCAGGAGAUGGACGAAAGGCGAACGGUGCGGCUGAAGGAAGGCUACGGCGUCUUCUCCGAGACUGAGCGGCAGGUCAUGCCCAUCAUCGGCAAGUGCCUAGACGGCAUGAAGGCAGCGGCCGACUCAGUGAACGAGAAGAACGACUCCCAGGUGCUGAUCGAGUUACACAAGUCCGGCUUCGAGAGGCCGGGAGACGUGGACUUCGAAGACUUCAGCCAGCCUAUCAACCGCACCUCUUCGGACAGCAGCCUGGGGACGCCCCGGGGCACCCUGGAUGGCCGGCUGGACCCCCGCCUGCUGGGCAAGAACAAGGGGAAGCGCUGGCUCUUCAGCAAGAAGAAUAAGCUCCCGCCCCCUCCCCUCUCCCCAGUGAUCUCUGCCCCUCCUCCUUCCUCCUCGUCUGCCACCAACGGACCUCCAUCCCCCAAAUUCACCCGGGACCCUCUGUCUUACUGUCUGAAUGAGAUCAAUAAGACAGUCAAACCCCGCAUCGCCUCCUUCCGCAGCCUCAAACGGGGGCCUGUGAUCACGGAAGAUUUCAGCCACUUGCCGCCAGAACAGAGGAGGAAAAAGUUGCAGCAGAAGAUCGAGGAGAGGAACCGGGAGCUGCAGAAGGAAAUCGACCAGAGAGAUGCCCUAAACAAGAUGAAGGACGUGUACCAGAAGACGCCCCAGAUGGGCGACCCCGCUAGCCUGGAGCCAAAGAUCUCUGAGACCCUAAGCAACAUCGAGAAGCUGCGCCUAGAAAUCCAGAAAUACGAGUCGUGGCUGGCCGAAGCCGAGAGCAGAAUGCUGAGUAACCGGCCGGACAACACCCUGAGAUACAGUCGCCACCUGGACCACGCCACCACCCUGAACAACAACGGCUCCCACGAGAAGGGCAGCCCUGACGCCACCCACUCCGACGACAGCCAGGAUGCCCUGAACCAGCCGAUCUACACGGAGUUUGACGAGGACUUCGAGGAGGACCUGGCCUCGCCCAUCGGCACCUGUGUGGCCAUGUACCAGUUUGAAGGUUCCAGCGAAGGCACCAUCUCCAUGACGGAGGGAGAGGAGCUGAGCCUGAUGGAGGAGGACAAAGGCGACGGCUGGACGCGGGUGCGGAGGAGCAAAGGCGGCGAGGGCUACGUGCCAACGUCCUACCUGCGGGUCACCCUGAACUGAGCUCGGGCCUCCCCGCCCGCCUGGAGAGCGGCAGCUGGCUCAUGGAGCUGCUAGGGGUGGCGGGGAUUGGAGCAACGCUGCUGGAACCUGGGGGUUGGGACUCAGGGGUACAGGCAUGGAAGUGGCCUCUGGCCCUGCAUAGACAAGUGGCCCUCGUGGGCAAGCAGUGGCGCCCGCUUGCAAAGCACAUCGCCUGUGAGGGGAAGGAGAAACCCUUCUGCCCCAGCCCCAGCUCUGUGGAAUUUCACAUUUCAGCAUGGCCUCUCCGCUUAUGGGGGAGGUUGCAGUGGGUGCUGGGGGGAGGGAUGGACUGGGUUUCUGGCUGCUGCCCCUGCAUACUCCAUACUGUGCCCCCUCCGUCAGAUCCCCUGUGAGUGAGUAACUCAACCUCCCCCUAAAAGCAGCUGCUGCACCCCCUCCCCUGCUCUUAAGCACCUGGGCUACGAACCCCACAUUUCCCCCAGCGGUGUGGAUGCAAUCAUCCCUGUGUCCACAAGGGGGCAUGGUUCAGAUUCCAUCCCUCUAUGCUCAAUGAGGACAGGGUUCCCAUACGCGCGCCCCCCCCCCUCCAGUGCAGGGCUCAUAGGAACCUGUUAUUAUUUCCCCCUGUAGCGAGGGGGGGUGCAUGAGAUCUCUGGGGUGAAGGGAGCUGCACCAUCUCCUGCUAGCUUAGGGCAAAGGGAUGCAGGGUCCAUCAAGGUGUGCUGGGCAGAGCCCAUUGGGGGGGGGGGGGAGGCGCUUAUGGAAUAGAAAGUGUCCUCUGUAUCUAUUCUUCCAUGCUUGUCACCCUGGCAUCUGGGCGCCAUCCAGGUGCAUGUUAAGCAGCAUGAUAAACCUCA